AUGUCUUUAACCCUCACCCCCGACACAAUCGACGACCUCAUCUACUCCGCCCGCGCCGGCGACCUCCCCACUCUCGAAUCCGACCUCACGACCCUCAGCACGCAGACCUCCUCCACUCCCGCGCUCAUCAUCGCCUCCGCGAUCGAUUCCCUCCCCGCCGAAGAAGGCGGCAGUGGGUCGAGUUUGUUGCAUUAUCCGGCUGCUAAUGGGAAUAUUGAAAUCCUUUCCUACCUCCUAACCCACCUCACCCAACUCCCCGCCCCCACGGCAACCAAAAUCCUCAACCACCGGAACUACUCCGGAAAUACACCCUUGCACUGGGCGGCGUUGAACACGCAUCUGGAGUGCGUGAAGGCGUUGGUGGAGGCGGGCGCGGACGUGGCGAUUAAGAAUGAUGCGGGGCUGGAUGCGGUGUUUUUGGCGGAGAGGGCGGAUUGGAAUACGCGUGCUGAAGGAGAAGGGGAUAAGGAUGGGGAAGGGGAUGAGGAGGUGGAGGUGGAGAUUGGGGGGGAUGCAGAGGAGGGGGCUGAAGGGGCUGGGGAGAUGACGAGGGGGAGACAGGUGGUGGAGUGGUUGUUGAGUUCGGAGAAGGGGGGGGAGUUGGAGAGUGGGGUUGGUGAGGGGAAGGAGUAG